GCUGUGUUUCUGUCAGACUCCAAACUCUCGCAACAACACACACAUUAGCCAAGCGUACAGCACACAGCUGGGAAUCAUACAUUCAGAGAAAAAAUGUGCCAAGGAUUGGAAUCACUGCCAGUUACCUGUCUGGAGAGAGUCAAAGAGCUGAAGGCACGCUUGGGAAGUUUCCUCCUGAAGCAGGAGCUCAAUCUCAUGGGUCUGUCCAACAAAACUGAUAAGCUGAAGACGGAGGACGCGCUCAAGUGGAGAACGUCCUUUCAGAAUCUCCUGGCUCACAAAGAUGGGUUAUGCGCCUUCCGAGCGUUCCUGCUGUCCGAGCACAGUGAGGAAAACAUUGCGUUCUACCUCGCCUGUGAGGACUACAAGAACACAAAGACGUCCUCCAAGCUGUGCUCCAAAGCCAAGAAAAUCUAUGAGGAGUUCAUUGAUGCCGAAGCGCCAAGAGAGGUGAAUCUCGAUCAUGAGACGAAAAGCAUCACGAAGAAGAACAUGGAGCAGCCGACUGUGUCGUGCUUCGAUCUGGCCCAGAGCAAAAUCUACACUCUUAUGGAGAAAGACUGCUACCCUCGGUUUCUCAAAUCUGCGCUCUACAUGGAGCUCAGCAGACAAGUGAUGCCCUGAACUUGUCUCCAAUGACUCGACAAGCUUGAAGCAGGACUUCAAACGCACGCGCUUGAACCGAACAGCGUCUCAAGCUCAUGGCUGAGGUGGACUUGAGGUCAUCGGUCAGUAACUGCCAGAUACCAGCCUGGAACCCGUCAGGAACUGGUGAGGAACUAGGUGUUGAAGGAUAUCAAAAGAAAACUCAGGAGGUCGACGAUCAUGAUGCUGAACUUGGGGAAGAAGAAGGAGAAGAAAAAGAAGAAGAAGAAGCACUGGAAUUAAACUGUGAGCGCACUUUUGCACAAAUCAAGUAGUGAAAAAGCAUUUUACUGUUCUCCUCUGAAUAACUGAUAUUUAUUGAAAAAAAAGAUUUUCUAUAAAUUAUAUAGUUUUUAUUUAUUAAACUGUAUGACGAUGUAUGUGUGGAAUUUUGUUGGAAUAAAUUAUGAAAUCUAAUGUCUUCAUGUCUCGCACAUGUAUCUAAUCUCCCCAAAAAAACCUUUUUGAACAAACUGAGCUCUAAUGCACUAACUAGCCUUCUUAAAUGCAGACACAAUGAUGUCAAAACCCUUUAAAUGUGUAUGUUUUGUAAUUAUGACUUUUAAUUUGUAAACAGGAAAAACAUUUUGCAAAAAAAAAAAAAAAAAAUUAUAAUCUAUAAAUGCUCAUGAGAUCAUCCUGCUCCUG